AUGGAUACCCUACAGAACAGCGUCAUCACACCCCUCCAGCCAUACCUGGCCCAGGUCGUCUCGGUCAUCCCCGAGCCCGUCCACGAUGCCGUGAUCUCACUGAUCGGAGCACCAUGCCACAACGCGCUCCUCCUCGAUCUCGACGUGACCAAGGACCCCGCCUGCACAACCCUGGCCAUCUCCAAGGCUCUGGGCAUCGCCAUCGUCGGCGCUAGUGCCAUCGUCAAGGUUCCUCAAAUCCUGAAGCUCAUCGGAUCGCGCUCCUCCGCCGGUGUCUCCUUUAUCUCGUACGCUCUCGAAACCGCCAGCUUGCUCAUCACGCUCUCCUACAGUGUGCGCAACCAGUUCCCAUUCAGCACAUAUGGCGAGACGGCUUUGAUUGCCGUGCAGGAUAUCGCGAUCGGGGUCUUGGUGCUGCACUUUGCGGGCCGGACCGCGGCGGCGGCGACUUUCGUGGCUGUUGUGGCGGCUAGCAUUUACGCUUUGCUGUUCGAUCAAACUCUGGUUGAUGCGCAGACUAUGGCGUAUCUGCAGGCUGGUGCUGGUGCUCUGGGUGUUGCUAGCAAGGCGCCUCAAAUUUACACUAUCUGGCGCGAGGGCGGUACUGGACAGCUCAGCGCUUUUACCGUGUUCAACUACCUCGUUGGAUCUAUGUCGCGCAUCUUCACUACGCUCCAGGAAGUCGACGACAAGGCCAUUCUCUAUGGCUUCAUCGGCGGAUUUACCCUCAACGUGAUUCUUGCCAUCCAAAUGCUCUGGUACUGGAACACCCCUGCCCCCGCAAAGAAGCAGGCUCCCGCCAAGGUCGCGGAGAAGACACCUGUCGCUCAGGCUUCCGGAGCCUCCACUGGAGCCUCGCCCCGACCCGGUGCGAAGACACCCACCACCCGCCGACGCGGUUAA